GAGAUUGUAUAAAGUCCGCCAUCUUAGACAAUGACUUCAUGAAAAAUUUAGAAUUAUCGCAGAUUCAAGAAAUCGUCGACUGCAUGUACCCCGUCGAAUAUAGCAAAGACAGCUGCAUUAUUAAAGAAGGUGAUGUCGGGUCGCUUGUCUACGUUCUUGAGGAUGGUAAGGUGGAGGUGACCAAAGAUGGCAAGUUUCUUACCACUAUGGGGAAGUGUAAAGUAUUUGGCGAAUUAGCUAUCCUCUACAACUGCACAAGGACGGCCACAGUAAAAGCUCUCACAAUUACGAAGCUAUGGGCAAUAGAUCGGCCAUGUUUCCAAGCUAUCAUGAUGAAGACCAACCUGGUCAGACAAGCAGAGAUCAUCGAGCUGCUUCACAAUAUACCGAUAUUUCAACAACUGUCGGAGGAAACGCUCAACAAAAUAGCUGACGUUGUAGAAGAGACAUACUACGAUGAGGGUGACUAUAUCGUCAGGCAGGGCGCUGUUGGAGACACCAUGUAUGUCAUACAGAAGGGGAAGUGCAAUGUGACACAACGGCCAGGAUCCGGAGGUAGCGCGAGGCAAACCAACGUACUCAAAAAAGGAGAUUACUUCGGUGAACUCUCCCUUGACGGGACGGAUGACAGAAGAGAUGGAAACGUCAUUGCUGCAGAAAAAGAUGGAGUGGUAUGUCUGGCAAUAGACAGAGAAUCUUUCUUACAAGUUUCCGGAGGUCUGGACUCAAUUAUUUCAAGAAGUACAGAAGAGAGCAAAAACAAGAAGGUGGAUUCUGAGUUUGCUGACAUCUCAUUGCAAGACAUAUCUGUUCUAGCAACGCUUGGCGUAGGGGGAUUUGGUCGUGUUGAAUUAGUAAGAGUUGAUGGCCGAAAUCAGACGUACGCCCUCAAGCAGCUGAAGAAGAAACACAUUGUCGAGACGAGACAGCAAGAACACAUCAUGUCAGAGAAGAAAAUCAUGUUGGAAUCACGCUGUAUGUUCAUUGUCAGAUUGUAUCGUACAUUUAGUGAUACCAAGUAUCUAUAUAUGCUGCUGGAGGCGUGUCUAGGUGGGGAACUGUGGACCAUUCUCAGGGACAAGGGUUCUUUUGAUGAUGGUACCACGCGAUUCUACACAGCUUGUGUGAUAGAAGCAUUAUCCUACCUACAUACCAAAGGCAUCGUCUACAGAGAUCUAAAGCCAGAGAAUAUCCUUCUAGACGGCCAAGGAUAUGGAAAACUGGUUGAUUUUGGUUUUGCAAAGAAAAUCAACCACGGCCGCAAGACGUGGACGUUUUGCGGCACACCGGAGUAUGUAGCGCCUGAAAUCAUUCUAAACAAAGGUCACGACUUCUCAGCGGACUACUGGUCGCUAGGAAUUCUGAUGUUUGAACUCUUAACAGGAAGUCCUCCAUUCACAGGUUCGGAUCCCAUGAAGACCUACAACAUCAUCCUGAAGGGCAUGGACAUGAUCGAGUUCCCGAGGAAGAUCACCCGCAACGCGGCGAACAUGAUCAAGAAACUCUGCAAAGACAACCCCACGGAGAGACUUGGCUACCAAAAGAACGGCCUGAAGGACAUCCAGAAACACAAAUGGUUUGACGGCUUCAACUGGGAGGGGCUUAAGAAGAGGACACUAACUCCACCAAUCAUACCCCAUGUUCGUUCCAACUCGGACACAGGAAACUUUGACGACUACCCACCAGACACUGACCCAGUACCGCCAGACGAUAUGUCCGGUUGGGACAAAGACUUUUAAUGACCAUGCAAUGUGCCUGAUUCUUGUAGUAUCCUGCACUGGAAUUAAUGAACAAAAAAGCAAUCAAUUAUUGAAACUAAGCAUUCAACAACUGUGUCACGGCGGUACCGUGUUUUGUUUCACGGAUUCUGAUUUUUGUUUUUUUAGCCUAGCUUUGCAAGAGAGUCUGUUCUUUGUAUCAGACUCUUACCAGUCUAGUUUUUAAAUGUCCAGAUCCUGUCUCUGUGAUUGGAGUUUAAGUAGGAGGAGUUUCAAGUCACCCGACUAACUUAUGCAUCUCUGCAUGACCGCCAGUUGAAUGGGAAAGUCUGGCACCCCGUCCCAUUUAGUGGAUAUUUACCAGCGAAGUUUCCUUCUACUAAAGAAACAGUCUAUCUCUGAUUGCGAGUCGGAGCCCUGCCCGACUAAAUAGAUUCAUCAUGCCAGUCUUUCAAGAUCACAGGCUACUGUUUCUUAGAUCAGUCUUCAGUUCAACAGUUUGAAUGUCUGAAGUCCUGUCUCAUAAAACAGCCUUUUGGUGAUGAAGUGAAAUAGCCACUAUCUACAAGCAGCUUUGCUGAACUCCUCGAUCCAGAAGUUAACCAUUGAAAAGCAUCACACAAGUUUGUUGGUUUUGUUAACCAAUUGAUGACUACACGGCACAGGAGCGAAGCAAAACCUCCAGUAGAAAGAAAUCAGUCGUUUAUGGGUUAAUUUAUUUACUUUUGUACUCAACAUAUCUUCUUAUUUAAAUGAUUGAAAUGAACGCAACUCAAUUGAAAAUAUUUCUCAGUACUUUGACAAGUUUUUAAACUCAAACAUUUUAGUUUUCGUGAUUAAGCGGACACUGUUUCUGCUCUUCAAACCACACAAAAGAGUCGCCAAAACGCAUGCAGUAAUGAGAAAAACACUUCGCAGACGUCUGACAUAUAUCUAUGCAGCGAAAUAGCCUGUCGGUGAAAACAGCAGAUCUAGCGAAGAAAUUACUUUGACAAAGUUUGUAUGGAGACGGUGUGAAUCCAUGCUGUUGCAUAUGUAAAUAUUUCAUGAAUUAUUCAUUAUAACUUUUUUUUGUGCAUGAAACAUUGGUGUUUCUCGGGACCAUAAAUAUAACAUUAAAUAUUUUCCUUGGGUUUUCAUCUUAUUCACUUUAUAGAAAAACCCUGUAUUUCACUAAACUUUAGUCUGCUCAACAGAGGCAUUUAAUUGACAUUGAGAGAGAUAGAACAAAGUAUAAAUCAUAAUAAGGACUUAAAUAUCACAAAAAAUGACUUUGGCACUAGUCAUAAUUGUGACUUGGGUUUAAUCAUAAUUUUGAUAUACAAGUCAUAUUUAUAACUAAUGCUAACUCAUAAUUAUGAAACAUAAAUAAACAUGUACUAUAAGUCAUCAUUAUGUAUUGUACCUUUUUUAAUGUCUUUUUAAAGCUUCUGAACAUUUUCACACCAAAUUUGCUAAAUAAUAAUCAACACAGAAUGAAAUCUACACACGUUAGUGCAUUCAAACUAAACCCCCCCCCCC